AUGUCUCUCGCACUCUACGCUGUACUCACUGCCCUGGUAGCAGUAGCUGCCUACAGCCUCCGCGGCGUCGGUCGCAGGCCCGCCAACUACCCCCCAGGCCCACCAACACUCCCCAUCAUAGGAAAUCUGCAUCUAAUGCCGAAAGAGAAGCCGCAUCUACAAUUCCAAAAGUGGGCCGAAGAAUACGGGCCAAUGUAUUCGCUCAUUUUGGGUACCAAGGUCACGGUCGUGUUGUCGUCGGACCAGGCUGUAAAGGAUCUGCUUGAUAAACGGAGCGGGAUUUAUUCGUCGCGCCCAGAUAUGUACCUUGGCCAGAUUGUGAGCAAUGGGUGUCGUAUGCUGCUCAUGCCGUAUGGUGAUACAUGGCGCAUGAUUCGGAAAAUUGUUCAUAUCAACCUCAAUGUCAAGGCGGCGCGCACAUAUGUGCCAUACCAAGAAUUAGAGAACAAGGCCAUGCUUUUCGGCUUCUUGGAGAGCCCAGAUCUCUUCAUCGACCACAUUCGUCGUUACACCAACUCUUUGACCACGCAGAUGAUCUUCGGGUUCCGCACUACAAGCAUCGACGACCCCAAGUUGAAACAACUCUACUCGGGCUUCGAGAAGUUCUCCGAACUCAUGGGUGAGACUACAGCCAAACUAGUCGACCUCUUCCCAAUACUGCGCUCAUUACCCGACUUCGCGCUUCCCCUACGAAAAUACGCAAAGGAAUUGCACGAAAAAGAGAGUGAGCUAUACGUCGGCCAUUGGCUAAACGUAAAGAAAGCAAUCAAAAACGGGACUGCCAAACCCUGCUUCUGCGUCGACCUAGUACGCGCGCAGGACGAGGAGAACUUCUCAGAUGAGCUCGCAGGAUACGUGAGCGGUUCGUUGCUAGAGGCAGGAUCAGACACCACAUCCGCCACUCUCAUCGGCUUCAUCCAAGCAAUGAUCCUCUUCCCCACCGUCUCCGCCACCGCCCGCUCAGAACUCGACCUCAUCUGCGGCGCCCGCCUCCCCACCCUCUCCGACUUACCAAACCUCCCCUACAUCCGCAGCUGCGUCAAAGAAAGCAUGCGCUGGAUGCCCACCGCCAUCCUCGGAGUCCCGCACGCCGUAAUCCGAGACGACGAGUACAUGGGGUUCAAAAUCCCCAAAGGCGCGGGUGUGCUGUGGAAUGUUUGGGCCAUCCAUAACGAUCCGGCUCGUCAUCCUGAUCCACGAAGAUUUGAUCCGCAGAGAUAUUAUGAGGAUGGGCAGACGGCGGCGGAAGCGGCGAAUAACGCUGAUGCGUCGAAGCGGGAUCAUUUUCUUUUUGGCGCGGGGAGAAGGUUGUGUCAGGGUAUGCAUAUUGCGGAGCGGUCGCUGUUUCUGGCUAUUGCGCGGUUACUGUGGGCGUUUGAGUUCCAUCCCGCGAGUGAUGGGGAGGGCGGUGUGCUUAUGCCUGAUAUGGAUGAUUUGACGGAGGGCAUGUUGGUGCAGCCGCGUCCUUUCAAAGCGAGGAUUGUGCCGAGGGAUGAGGGGAGGGAGAGUGUUAUUAGGGAGGAGUGGGCGAAGAUGGGGGGUUUGCUGGAUGGGGAGGGGCAGUGGAGGGUUUUGCCUGAGGGGCUGAUUUGGAAGGAGUAUGAUAGUGCUGCGAAGACGGCAUGA